UCUUCAGAUCAGUCAGUUGCUUAGUCGGUUUAUUGUAAUUUUGUCGUUUUGCUCGUUCUAAAUAAUAUUACACAGGCAUCAAGUUUUUUAUUUCUUUUUCCACAUAGAUUUCACUCUUAUAAAUAAUUUGGGGUCAUCAUCUUCAUAAUUGUUUUUAAAAUAUUAUUUUUCUACAUUAGUGGAAAAGGUAGAUUGGUGCAAGGCGUCUGUAUUUUGCAAGCACUGAUUACUUUCUGAUAAUUUAUGGAAUAAAAAUAUGAAAGAUAUGAAUUCGUCAAUACAAAACACCGCGUCCGAAUUAUUAAAGUUAGCAAGAAACUUUAACUGUUUCUAUUUAGGAGGUUUGCAUCAAGGAACAUGUAAACCAUUUUUAGUGGCUGGUCAUCAAGUGGGUCUCAUUAGACCAAAUGUGCUAAAGUACCUACAGAGAUUUCCUGAGGUGUUUAAUAUAACUGAUAAACAUGUAGAAUUGAAUCCUGCCUUCCGAGAUUAUAAACAAAGGACAAUGAGAGUUGCAGAGGUAUUACAAAAUCUUAGAACUGAAAAUGAAAUUUGUGCUCUCAAAGGUUGGCGUGAUGAGUGCUUUGAAGUAAGUACACCAUUUCAUCACGAAAGUCUUUUGGAAAUGGAUCGGAGCGCUGUUUGUCUGUUUGGAAUUAGAAAUUAUGGUGUCAGUGUUACUGGCUACUUGUAUCAUCCUACCAAAGGAUUAUGCAUCUGGUUACAACAAAGAAGUUUUACAAAACAAACUUGGCCUGGAAAGUGGGAUUGCUUUGUUAGUGGUGGACUAGCAGUAGGCUAUGGAAUACUAGAAACAACAAUUAAAGAAGCUGCUGAAGAGGCAUCUGUAGAAGGAGAUUUAGUUAAAAAAUUGGUCCCAGCUGGUUGUGUUAGCUUUUAUUUUGAAAGUGAAAGGGGAUUAUUUCCAAACACUGAAUAUGUGUAUGACCUCGAAUUGCCAUUGGAUUUUGCACCACGUAAUGCUGAUGGUGAAGUGGAAUCUUUUGAAUUACUUACUGCAGAGGAAUGUAUACAGCGGGCUCUCUCGCCUCAGUUUAAAACUACCAGCGCCCCCGUAUUGUUGGACUUCUUGAUACGAAAAGGAUAUAUAAAUCCAGAGAAUGAGCCGAACUACCGCUACCUGGUGGAGUUGCUGCACGUUCCACUGCAAUCCAUCUAUAAUUGGCCAUACACAGCUGUAGCGACAGUUAAUAGAGAUUCCGACGAAUUACAUACACAGAAUUAGCUCAUAAUUAGUUCAUUCUAUUUAUUAUUUUACAAUAUUUAAAGUAACAUCGAAUAUUUUGAAAAUUUGCUGUUUUGACUUAAAUAAUGAACACUAAAUAUCUAAUUUUCAAUAGUAGUAAUGAUAAGUUUUUGUAUUAAACAGGGCCUUAUUUUAAAUUAUCACAUAGGUAAUGUAAGUUACCAAACUAGUAGUUUUUCAAAAUGUACUCGCUGUCAACACUGACCAAAUCCUUAUAUUUGAAAAUGUCAUGAUAGUUUUAGCUAGGUACGGUUAAUUUCUGUGAUACUUUACCAGUUUGGUAUAAGACAUUGUAUAAUAUAUUUAGUUGUUUUGUCAACCAUGAGGAAUGUUUAUCUUCCUGAAGGAUUAAUUAUAAUUAUUUAUUGUAUUUUUAAUUAUGAUUGAAUAAUUACGUGCUUUUUAAAUGUUAAUUUCCACAACUUUUCAGGACAAAAUUUAUACCUACAUGUAUUCUAAACAAUUUAGUUACGAGUUAAUGUUGUAAUAGUUAAUUAAAAGGAAAAAAUUAAUCCAUAGAACUACAUCGUUUGAACUCCAGUCUUCUACUUAAACCAUAUAUUUCGUAAUACAUUGUACAUAUAUUGACUUUAUAGUAUUAAUAGAUUACAAUGUAUACUUUGUGUGUUUAUAUAUGCAUUGCAAACAAUUUAAGGGAUUAAUUGGAUAUAAGUAAUACGACAACAAUAUAAUUUUUUAUAAUGUAUGCAAACAUGCAUACCAUUCAAAAGAGCAAUCGCACCAAUUAUUUGCAGUUCAUUUUUAAAUACCAUUCAUAUAUUAAACAGAAAUGGAAGUCCAGUGAUAGUGAUUUUUGUAAAAGUAAAUUUUCCUCAGAACAUUAAUAGAAAUUUUAAACUUUGACACACGAGUUUGUUUAGACUAAUAAACUAAUUUCAUAAAUUAGAUAUAAAUAAGUAUAACCAAAAUUAUUGUACUCUGAUAAACUGGGCCUAAUAUUAUCAUAUCCAAAAAUGUAUAAUAACAACAGCAAACUUCUCAAACAACAAGUUUUACCCGUGACAUGAUACAUUACGGUUAAUAUUACGAAUCCAGCAAACAUAAUUUUUGGACUGGAAUAACUGAAUUUUUAUUAUGAAAUUUGAAUAUAGUAGAGAUUAUCCGCUCACCAUUUAUACGAAUUCGCGAUUUUACUAAUUAAUAACAGCGAUUAGAUAACUUUGUAAAUAACAAUCUUUUAAUAAAAAUUGAUUUUGACUGGU